CACGUUUACCUAGUGGAAGCGGUUGUCAUGGAAACCGGUUUAUGAAGAUGGCGGCGGAGAUUCAACCCAUUCCGGGUGCUCUGCCAGAGACGGUUCCGCGGCAGAGCAACCGGAAAGCCGUUCUUUUGGCGAAGAUCGAGGUGUCUUUGUCUCCCAUCAACGACGCCGUCUUCCUGCCGGAUGGCAACAGGAUCAUCACCGCCUCCGACGACAAACUGGUUAGGAUAUGGCAGAAGAAGGAUUCCGGCGGGUAUUGGCCCUGUCUAUCGCAUUCCAUGCCUUCCCCGCCCACCUCGGUGCACUUCGACGCUGCGAUGGAGCUGCUUUUUGUCGGGCUCGACAACGGAACCGUCUCGGAACUCCAACUGGGUGACGACACAAAGCAGGUGAUGCUGAGACGAACCUACCUGGCACAUCAGCUGAGGGUCACAGCUGUCUGCUUCACUGCCUCCAACGAAUGGCUCCUCUCCAUCUCCAGGGACAAAUACUUUCAGUUCCUUGACGAGCAUCACCUUAGGUAUGAUGAGGCGUCGAACCAUGCCUUUGUUGGAGAUUAUUCUGGUGAGGUUCAUAUGCUGAGGCUGGAGAAGGGGGAAGGUGGAGCAGAGGUAACAUUUGUGACAUCCUUCAAGGGUCAUGAUGGGAGCAUCCAAAGCCUUGCUUGGGACCCAGUCCAGAAGCUCCUCUUCUCUGGUUCUGCUGAUCACAGCAUUAUUGUUUGGGACAUUGGGUCACAGAAGGGCACUGCCUAUGAGCUCCAGGGUCACCAGUGA